AACUUAAGGUUUCAGUGCUGUGCUAAGCACCUGCUGUUUGUUAAGGUUCGCGUUAUGGUCGGCACCAGACUUAGGCCUCUCUUACCCUUCAAUCGGCAUUAACUGUCUUGUUAGGUCUUUUGACUGAUGAUUUGAUCAUUACCCAUCGUCUGUGUGACUGUGUGAAAUUCUUAAUGCUCGAGAGGUGACCGAAAUUUGGUUACCGGCGAUAGUAAAAACGGAGAAACCGAGCGUCACGGCGUAAACAGGCGCAUCAAGUCCAUCAUGUCGAGACAACUGCUGUCUCUUUUUCUGAUGCUUUUAGAGCUCAUUUUGACAGACGGAUGUCGCGUUGUCCGCAUCUCCGACAACCGUCCUCCCAGCAACGGCUCACCAAGAACGACCUACUCACUUACGGACAUGACGUCAUUUGAGCGUCCUGUUUACAAAAGCGACACCAGUGACAUGUACCUGUACUACAUCUCUGAAAGUGAUGGCAAAUGGGUUGUCGGGGGAACAGUAGGAGCGUUGGACGGGUACAUCAUGUACGUGACGGACAACCACUUCAACGCGGACGAAAUCACAGGGACGUUCUUCACUAAACAAAAUGGUUGGGUGGAAUCAGCAGAAGUCAGUGUAUCAUGCACAGUGGAGAACGUUGCCCUUGGAAAACCAGCAUCCCAGAGCAGCACGAAUGGAGCCAACACGGCAGGGUUAGCUGUGGACGGGGAGAAGGGGACGUCUGUGCCGGGUAACCAGUGUACCCUGACUAACCCGGAGGACGGGCCGUGGUGGCAGGUGGACCUCGGAAGAAAUUACCCAAUCGGAAGGGUGCGAGUUCUCAACAGGGGAGACUGUUGUGGAGGCCGCCUGCACGGCUUUGUGGUUCAAGUAAAACAAGACGGUCAGUCAUGGCGUGCCUGCGGUACCCCAUACAGCGAGACUCCGGGUGAUGGUCAGAGCAUCACGGUGGACUGUGUGACUCCCAUGGUCGCCAGAUACGUCCGGAUCCAGCUGCCUGGGAAGUCUGAGAGGUUGUCUCUUUGCGAGGUGGAGGUGUUUACUGACAUAGGCUGUCCUACUGGCUACAUCGUCCAUGGAGGCACAUGUUACAAACCAUACACCGCGCCGCUAAGACCCGGCAGGACGCGCUUGCAACAUGCCAACAGGAGGGCGGAACGCUGGCCAUGCCACGACAUCGACAUAUCGAUGUUUUCCUUCACGAGAUGGCAGUUCUUGUCGACAUCGUCAGCACCUAUUGGAUCGGACUGUACAAAGACAACGAAGCGUGGGUCUGGGAAGACGGGAAUCCGCUCUGUGGAUAUCAACAGUGGGGAGCCGGAUAUCCGUCCAUAACAGACAACAACUGUACGGUACUACGCGGUACUGGCAGUUGGCAAGAUUUGUCUUCUGAGACGAUGGCCAAGUACAUCUGUCAGAUACAAGCUCCAGUGGACCUUGCUCCUGUUGGGUAUCAACAACAUGGCGAGGCUUUCUUUAGGGUUUCCAGAAGAAAGAAGUCGUUUGACGAGGCAGUCGCCGCCUGUGGUCAGUUCGGUGGAGGACGCCUUGCUCAGC